CACACUCUCGCUCUCUCAGUCCUCAUCUGCGCCUCAGCAGAGUAACAUGUGGCCUCGUCGCAGCCACAGCGGAGAGCAGAGAGCAGGGGCUGCCGGCUCCUCAUCACACUGACCCCUCAGAAAGGAAAACAAGAGGCAGGAGCAAGAGGUAGGAGAUCUCAACUCUCGUCUUCCCUGUUUGGAGUUCAAGCAGCCCAGUCAACCAGGAGGAGGAGGUGAGGAGGUGGAGGAGGUGGAAGAUCUGUUUUCACACCGUCCUGACUCAGUUCAUCACCUUCGGCACGAGGAGUGACAGAUGAUGCACAGGAAACUGCAGGAGCUAGAAAGUUGGCUCUCCUCCUCCAUCCUGUUUGUCCAUCACCGAGAGCUGUGCAAAGUUUUUUAAAAGAGGAAGGGAGGUCGGUGGACGUCUGAGGGGUGAGGAUCGGCAAGAGAGGGGCAACGUGCAGUCCUCACCCUGCCGGUUUCUCUGCAAGCGAGCCCCUUGAAAUCUUUGGGUCAGGGAGAAAGCAGCGCCAGCCAGCACCUGGAGGCAGCUACCCAUGUGGCAGGAGGCUCUGUGGACCCGCGGACGCUACCUGCUGGAAAAGAGCGAUGGAGGGGAGGGGGCCGAGGGGUCUGAGAGCCUGGGAGACGGGUGUCCCGGGUUCCAGGUGGAGGUGUACGUGGAAGCCGAGAAGCCUCAGGACUGGCUGUACGAGUCCUACUACAGAAUGAGCCAGCAGCAUCCGCUGAUCGUGUUCCUGCUGCUGAUCGUCAUGGGAACCUGCCUCGCACUGCUGGCUGUGUUCUUCGCUUUAGGACUGAAUACGGAGAACCACCUGACGUUCCUGAUCGCAGUGCCUACGGCUCUGUUCCUGUUCCUCUCCAUCUUCAUCCUCGUCUGCAUUGAGUCCGUCUUCAAGCGAAUGCUGCGCCUCUUCUCUCUCCUCAUAUGGGCCUGUCUGGUCACCAUGGGAUAUCUGUUCAUGUUCACCGGGGGCAAACUCAGCCCGUGGGAUCAGGUGUCCUUCUUCCUCUUCAUUGUGUUUGUCGUCUACACCAUGCUGCCCUUCUCCAUGAAAUGGGCCGUCAUUGCCAGCGGCAUAACCUGCCUAUCGCACACCAUCACCCUCAGCAUAUGUCUGACAUCGACUGUCACAGAACUGGAGCCUCUGAUCUGGCAGCUCUUGGCCAAUGUGAUCAUCUUCACCUGCGGCAACCUGGCCGGCGCGUAUCACAAGCAUCUGAUGGACCUGGCGCUCAAGCAGACGUAUCAGGACACCUGCAACUGCAUCAAGUCACCAGUCAAACUUGAGUUUGAGAAGCACCAGCAGGAGCGUUUACUACUGUCCUUAUUACCUGCUCAUAUAGCCAGAGUGAUGAAAGCUGAGAUCAUCCAGAGACUGCAAGGACCAAACUUUGGUCGAACCGAGAGUACGAACAACUUUCACAACCUCUAUGUGCAGCGGCACACCAAUGUCAGCAUCCUGUACGCAGACAUCGUGGGUUUCACCGGGCUGGCCAGCGACUGCUCUCCAGGGGAACUCGUGCACAUGCUGAAUGAACUUUUCGGCAAAUUUGACCAGAUUGCAAAGGAAAACGAGUGCAUGAGAAUCAAGAUCCUGGGAGACUGUUACUACUGCGUGUCGGGUCUGCCGGAGUCGCUGCAUAACCACGCCAGGAACAGCGUGAAGAUGGGCCUGGAUAUGUGUGAGGCCAUCAAGAAGGUCCGAGAUGCCACGGGAGUCGAGAUCAACAUGCGCGUUGGCGUCCAUUCUGGAAAUGUCCUCUGCGGAGUCAUUGGACUCCGAAAGUGGCAGUACGAUGUGUGGUCACAUGACGUGACUCUGGCCAAUCACAUGGAGGCAGGGGGAGUGCCGGGGAGGGUCCACAUCUCUUCAGUGACGCUGGAGUAUUUGAAAGGUUCAUACAAAGUGGAGCCUGGAGACGGCCAGAGCAGAGAUUCAUACCUGAAAGAACAUAAAGUGGUCACCUAUUUGGUGAUCAACCCAAAGACUGAGAGGCACAGCCCACUGUUGGGCUUACGCUCUCGACCGUCUCUGGACGGCGGGAAGAUGAGGGCGUCCGUCAGGAUGACCCGAUACCUGGAGUCCUGGGGAGCUGCCAAACCUUUUGCCAACCUUCACCAUCGAGAGAGCAUGACCACAGACAACGGCAAGAUCAACACCACUGACGUUCCCAUGGGGCAGUACCACUUCCAGAGACGAGAGAGAUCCAAAUCUCAGAGGAGGAGAUUUGAGCAGGAACUCAACGAACGAAUGAUUCGCACCAUCGAUGGCAUCAACUCACAGAAACAGUGGCUGAAGUCUGAGGACAUCCAAAGGAUCUCAUUGUUCUUUCACAACAAAGCACUGGAGAAAGAGUACAGAUCCACUACAUUACCUGCCUUCAAGUACUACGUCACCUGCGCCUGCCUCAUAUUCUGCUGUAUUUUCAUCGUGCAAGUCCUCGUCCUGCCCAAAACUGCUGUGCUAGGGAUCUCCUUCGGCCUGACAUUCCUGGUGUUGGCUUUGAUCCUGCUACUUUGCUUCGCCGGUCACAUUCUGCAGGGAGGGAAGGGCUCCGUCUGCUCUCUGCCGUGGCUCCCAACUUCGUCUCGCAUCAUCGUCACCAACAACCCCUGGCUGCGGCUGGUCCUCACCAUGACGACCACCGCUCUCAUCCUGGUGAUGGCCGUCUUCAAUAUGUUCUUCGUUGAGGAAUCUGGAGGAGCUGCUGGGGCCGUGCAGCCAACUGCUCCCACCGUGAACCUCACCAACGACACGCAGGUGGACUAUAUAGAAGAACAUAAAAACAAGUUUUACUUGCCAUUCAGUCUUGAUCUGGUUUCACACGACAAAUACAAAGAUGAAACUGCAAAGUUUAUGUUUCUGAGGAUCAACUAUGAGCUGAAGAUGGUGGUGAUGCUGGUCGCCGUGGUGAUCUACAACAUCAUCAUCCUCCAGACACACGCCUUCCUGCUGGAUGGAUUUAGCGAAGCAACGUACCGCACUGAUAAACUAGAUAGACCAGGGGUCCUGAAGGAUCCGAAGACCAUGGGUUCCGUGUCUUUGUUCAUCUUCUUCAUCACGCUGCUUGUACUAGCCAGACAGAACGAAUACUACUGCAGACUGGACUUCUUGUGGAGGGACAAGUUCAAGAGGGAGUGUGAGGAAAUCGAAACCAUGGAGAACCUCAACCGGGUUCUGCUGGAGAAUGUUCUACCGGCCCACGUCGCCGAGCACUUCCUGGGACGCAACUGGAAAAACGAGGACCUUUAUCAUCAGUCAUACGAGUCGGUGUGUGUGAUGUUCGCCUCCAUCCCAGACUUCAAAGAGUUUUAUACUGAGUCUGAUGUCAACAAGGAAGGGCUGGAGUGCCUUCGUCUUCUCAACGAGAUCAUAGCAGACUUUGAUGAGCUGCUGUCCAAGCCGAAGUUCAGUGGAGUGGAGAAGAUAAAGACUAUCGGUAGCACCUACAUGGCUGCAACUGGACUCAAUGCGGCACCAGGACCAGAGUGUGUGCAGGAACAUGACAGGCAGUACAUGCAUAUAGGCACGAUGGUGGAGUUUGCUUUCGCUCUUGUUGGGAAGCUAGAUGUCAUCAACAAACACUCCUUCAAUGACUUCCGACUCCGAAUUGGUAUAAACCAUGGGCCAGUGAUCGCAGGAGUAAUUGGAGCCCAGAAGCCUCAGUAUGACAUCUGGGGAAACAGUGUGAAUGUGGCCAGUAGGAUGGAGACCACAGGGGUGCUGGGUAAAAUACAGGUUACAGAGGAGACCAAUGACAUCUUACAAGUACUAGGGUACAUGUGUUCAUGUCGCGGCAUCAUCAACGUGAAAGGCAAAGGAGAGCUGAAGACAUACUUUGUUCACACGGAGAUGACCCGGUCUCUGUCACAAGGGACUGUGAUGCCGUGAACACGCCAAACUAACUGAAUAAAUAGACUUGAAGACACAACUGCACACACAAAGUGGCGCAGAAGUGUUUUGUUUUUGUUUGUUUUUUUUCCCCAUGCCCUGUAAGUAAAUCCCGUUACAGGAAGUCAGCAGUGCAACGGAUCGACACCUGCGAAGAAUCACUUUUGUCCUGAGAAAAACGAUUCCCAUCAGGGCCAUGGUGAACCAGUCAGUCCUUGAAAGUUGAAGUCGGAGUGGUUUUCGCAUCUCAAGUGUAACCAAGGACUUCAGUUGGAGGAGUCUCUUCCCUCCCUAAAGGAGUGCCUGACUAAAGAGUCUGUCUGUACAAUAGUAGUGGUGUGGCGCUAAUUACCCAUGCCAGUGUUGCAGUGCUUCAGAGCCUUAUACUUGAGCAAAUUAAGCUGCCUGUUGAGCUGUUUUCUUUUCUUCUUUUUUUUUAUUUUUUACCAUUGCCUCAUUGGCACUAAGAGCUGGUUUGUUCCGUUUCAGUCCAAAUGAAUGUUACAAUAGUUUCUUGUCAUAUAGAGCUGUUGAUGCCAACAAAUUGCCAGUGUAAUGGAAACCUGUGAUUUGUAUUUAUAGCCUAUUAGCUUUAUUUGUGUCCCAUGCAAGCAGGGGGAAUCAGACACAGGAAUCACGAGGGAAUGUUUCUUUUUCAUAACCCAUAUGGAAACAAACCAACAGCAUGUGUCUAAAUGUUCACUGCCAUCCUUUUGUUAUUCAUUAAACAUUUGUAUAGAUAUUUAUACUCUCUAA